AUGUAAUUCAACUUAUAAUUUUAAUUACUUUAAAAAAUUUUUAAUUAAAAUAGCUUUUUUGUUCAGUGUGAAGAUAAUUAGAUAAUAUUUUACUAUCCAUUUGUUGAAAUUUUUGAUUUAAUUUCAGGAUAAAGAUCAGAAUACUUUUAUUAAAAUAUAUAUAUAUUAGGAAUGAUGUAAAAUGUUUAGUAAACUAUACCUUUGAUAAGUAAGCAAGACUAGUUAGUAGUAGUUUUUUUUAGCUAAAAUGUCAAUUUUUUUAGCAAAUAGGACUUUCAAAUUUAAAAUUAUUUGUUUGAGUAUAGAUAUAAUAAUACUAGCUUAUUCUAUGAUGGCAAUCAUAAAAUAUUGAUUGGACUAACAGGAUCAUUAAAAUAAGUAAACAUUAUUAAUAUUCCAGGAAAUUUAUAAUUAUUCCUUUAUCAAUGUGUCGCAUAAUUUGCUGAAAAUGCAGUUUAUUAUCAUUAAGAAUAGACUAGCUUGAUAGUAGUUGAUAGCAGUCCAACUAUUUAUCUUUUUAAUUAUUUAACCCUUAAUGUUACAAGUUUUAGAAUUGAUGUAAAUAACAUCCAAGGCAUUUUGAUGGAUAAAAACAAGAAUAUAGCUUUUUUAUAUUCAAAUUAAUUUAUAUUAACAUUUUAAUUUCCUAGUAUGUAAUUUAUAGAAACAAUAUCUUUAUAAAACUAUAAUGCUACUUCUAUAGUAUAAGUUUAUCUAAAUACACAAAAUUCUUUAUGCUAGCCCUACUAAAUUGCUUUAAUACUAAAAAGUAUAACAUUUAAAUAUCAAGAAUGA